AUGAACGCUAGGAGUGCGGCGCUAGCGCAGCACCUCGUGCCCUCCACGUACGUCCAGCAGGGUCUUGAUGCAGUUCGCUCGCGCGAGAAGUUGGUGACAUCUCUGCUUGCCCAGCGUCGCCUUCCCGAUGAAGGCUGGGACGACGCCAGCGUGGAGCUCCUGCUGCAGACGCUCUCGGCCAUGGACAGCAACAACUUCCGCGGCAGCGCAGGCGCUGGCGAGCGCGAGGCGCGCGUUUUUUCUCCGCUAGUGGCGCGCCGCCACUUUUACUUGGCCCACGGUGUGGGCAGGUCGGGCGACGUGGCGGCGGUGCAGCCCAAAGCGGCGGGGUCGUCACUCUUGGUGCAGCUGGCCAACGCUCUGGCCAAGGACGUGCUGCGUCUCGCUGGGAUGCGCGCAGUGCAGGCGGCGCUAGUGCUGCCUGUGGCCACGGGAAUGUCGCUGACACUAGUGUUGCUGCAGCUCAAGGAGUCGAAGCCGCAUGCGCGUUACGUCAUCUGGCCACGGAUCGACCAAAAGUCCUGCUUCAAGUCCAUCGUGGCGGCUGGACUGACGCCGCUAGUGCUGGCGAACGUUCUGGUAGAACAGGAGGAUGGAAAGCCUGGUGGGUUCCUGAAAACCGACUUGGUGGGAAUGACAGCGCUGAUGGACCAGUACGGGAGCGACAGCGUGUUGGCUGUGAUGAGUACCACGAGUUGCUUCGCGCCACGGGCCUAUGACAGCGUGGAGGAGAUCGCCAAGCUGUGCGAGGAGCGUAACGUUGCGCACGUGAUUAACAAUGCGUACGGCGUACAGGCAUCUAAAUGUGUGCACCACGUGGAGCGAGCGAUGCGCACUGGUCGAGUGGAUGCUGUGGUGCAGAGUCUCGAUAAGAAUUUCAUGGUACCUGUGGGUGGAGCGAUUGUGUGUUCGGCAUCUCGCGAAGUAGUCGACCGCGUGGCGAAAUUUUAUCCUGGACGUGCCAGCGCUACGCCGACACUGGACUUCUUCAUCACCAUGCUUCAGAUGGGGAAGCAUGGGUACAAACGGCUACUGGAAGAGCGCAAGCACCUCGCAGCUUACAUGAACCAGCAACUUGAAACACUCGCAGCCGAUGAAAGAGAACGCGUACUGCUCGUUUCGAACAACGAGAUCUCCUUCGCGAUGACACUGGGCACGUUUUGCUCCGAUGUCACGGACCUGCAAGAGAAAUCCCGACAGCUUACGUUGCUCGGCGCUAUGCUGUUUUCACGUGGGGUAUCCGGUGCACGUGUGGUGUCAUGUCUAGACCGCAAAGCGAUCGCAGGGUAUGAGUUUAAUGCCUUUGGAGCGCACCACGACGGCUUUCCAGUAGCUUACGUGACGUUUGCGUGUGCAUUGGGCAUGCAGCGUGGCGAGGUCGACUUGCUCGUCACGAAGCUGCGGAAAACUAUCCACGAGUGGCGCACGAAGCGUGUCAAAGCAGAAAUUGCUGUGUCCAUGACUACAUCCGAGGGCUUGGCACACGAGAACGGGAAAUAG